UAAUUAUCUGAAAAAUCUCUCUCUCCGUUUCUCCUUGCAGGCUUGAAGGCAACGCAUUUAUGUAAAAAAAGAAAACCUUUUCGUAGUUUUCAAAAUCCGGUCUUGGAGGGAGAGAGAUUGAUCGAUGGAAUUGGUCCCGUACGAUUCGGAGACGAAAUCAUCGAUCCCCGAAAAUCUCGCGUGGCAAGACAUGUUUCGCUCAGCCUCAUCGCGUAAGCCUCAAGACCCUUCUCCUUCUUCGUCUUCAUCGGAGCCGCCGCAAAAACCCUCCGCCGUCGGAGGAGGAGAAUCCGGCAUGACGUCGCUAUCCGCCGUUGAUUCCCAAGCGCGUCUCGCUAUCUACAUAGCCAUGGCUCACGCCGGUCUCGCUUUAGCCAUUUUCGUCCUGUAUUUCGCUGGGAAGCUAUUGCAAGAGUAUCUGAGACCGAUUCAGUGGGCGAUUCUCUGUUCGAUUCCGUUGAGAGGUAUCCAAGAAACCCUUGUCGAUUUCUGGAGCGAGCCAUUGAAAUUAGGGCUCACCGAAGUGAUUCUCGCUGUUCCGGUUUGGGUGUUCAACGUUUUCAUCGGAUCGAUUGUGGAUAUCAAAAACGUAUGCUUUAGGGUUUUUCUAAGGAGAUCGAAACCCAAAAGAACGAGGAAGAGGAACAAGUCUGGGUUUUCGAAAUUGGUCAAAUGGUUAGUCUCGUUUGGUGUGUUUGUGAUUGCUUAUGAGAGAAUUGGGGGAAUUGGGUCUCUUGUGAUCCUCUCUUUAGGGUUUCUGUUUAGCUCCAAGAAUGUGGAUUCGACUCUCUCUGCUGUUUCUUCUCUGAGGACUAACAGCUUUAGGCGAAGCCAUUUCACUGCCUAUUUCACCAGAGGGAUAAUGAAGAGACUGAACACGAUCGUUGCAAUUGGUUUGAUCGUGCUCAUGAUUCUUGGAUCUUUGACUGGUGUCAUCUUCUUCUCUUACAAGAUUGGUGUUGAAGGUAAAGACGCGGUUUUCUCUCUCAAGUCUCAUGUCGAAGAGAGCAAUUACGCUGAGAAGAUUGGUAUCAAGCAAUGGAUGGAUGAGAAUGAUGUCCCUGGAAUGGUAGAUAUGUACACAACGAAGUUCUAUGAAACGGUUUCUGAGCAGAUUGAUAGCUUAGCAAUGCAGUAUAACAUGACGGAGCUAGUCACGGGCAUUAAGCAUUUCGUGAUCGGGCAUCCUCAGAACACGUCAACGCCAUCCACGGCGCUUAUAGCUCCGUCUCCUUACACCGAGAAGCUGAUGAGCUUGAGGACUCGGGUCAAGAACCGAGAAUGGAGUCAGAUAUACUCGGAGGUCGAUGUGAUCUUCAGGGAGCUUAUAAUCACAAGAGAAGAUUUAGUGGAGAAAGCUAAAGGCUUUGCUGUUAAAGGAAUGGAUGUAUCACAAAGGGUUUUCUCAAGCAGCGCAUCGGUUGUUGGAGGCGGAGCUAAGUUCGUCUUCUCCAUAGGAAACUCGAUAAUCUCAGGCGCAGCGGAGUUUUUCAACUUUGUCUCUCAGCUGAUGGUUUUCAUUUGGGUUCUGUACAUUCUAAUCACGUCGGAAUCAGGCGGUGUAACGGAGCAAGUCAUGAACAUGAUCCCUAUCAACCCAAGCGCUAGAGUCAGAUGCGUCGAAGUCCUCGACUUGGCCAUCUCCGGCGUUCUUUUAGCCACGGCGGAGAUCGCCUUCUUCCAAGGAUGUCUCACUUGGCUGUUGUUUAGACUGUACAAUAUACAUUUCCUCUACAUGUCGACAGUUCUUGCCUUCAUCAGCGCUCUGUUGCCGAUUUUCCCUUACUGGUUCGCGACGAUCCCAGCUGCGUUGCAGCUCGUGCUAGAAGGAAGAUACAUUGUUGCAGUGACUUUAUCUGUGACUCAUCUUGUGUUAAUGGAGUAUGGUGCUUCAGAGAUCCAAGAUGACAUUCCAGGAUCCAAUGCUUACAUUACUGGACUAAGUAUUAUUGGUGGAGUGACUCUGUUUCCUUCUGCUCUCGAGGGAGCGAUAAUGGGACCGUUGAUAACGACGGUGGUGAUUGCUUUGAAGGAUCUGUAUGCAGAGUUUGUUCUGAAUGAUCCGAAAAAGAUCAGUUAGCUGUGUCAUUGGUUUCUUCAAAUAGGAGCUUCAAGUGCUUCUGCCAUGAUGGUUGCUUUGUGUUGGGAGAAGAAUCAUGUAGAUUAGUAAAGAGAGAGAGAGUGAGACAGAGAUCUUAAAUUGUUAAUUGUUUGAAGUGUUUUUUUUUGUUGUUGUUGUUCUUGGAUUGUAAUUUAUGUAGUACGCAGUGAGAUUUGUAGAAUUAAAUUUCAACUGUUGUCAUCUCUGUUGUAACUUAUGAUAUCUGAUUCUUUCA